AAUAGAUUGUGCAUUUAUAUAUGACUAUGGAUAGGCCUACUGUGUUUGCCGAUUGUGAGUCUCUGGACUAGCAUUAGCUCUAGGUAACGCUAUCUCUCCACAACGUCAUGUAGCUAACAUGCUAAUGUCAAUUCUUAGCUAAAUAUUGUGAAUGAAAAAUUAAACUACCCCAUCGUAGGCUAUUUAGCUUACGCGAACUACAGUUUAAACAAGUUCUCGUUAAACGUGAGGCUUUAUACAUGUUCAUGUCAUGUCACAAGAACAAACUUGCCUUUUCAACGUGGGAGGAUGUUUGUACUCCAUUCCGAUGAGUCGACUCGCCUGUUUUCAAGAGUCCUUGCUGUUGAAAGAAAAUGUAACCAAUGAUAAUGCAAGGUUAUUCCUGGAUAGAGACGGCUUUACCUUUAGACAUCUACAUUAUUACAUACAUACUGGAAAGCUUGCGUCCUCUUGCAUAUCAGAGCUAAAUAUCUUAUAUGAGCUGGCAUCAACUCUACGUCUGACAUCACUGCAACAGGCUUUGGAAAAUCGCCAGUCAGGCAAACACUUUCUUCGCGCGCGCCCAGUGGAUCUUCAAGUAGCAGAAAGAGCUUCAAUGUAUUACUGGAAGAUGCGACUGUGUAACCCCAAACAACCGGAGGCAGUGGCCAGCCCGGUUUUGACAGUGCAUGAUGCCAUACCUCUGGGCCUUGUAGGGACACCACUAGUUGACCAUGAUGAGGAGGUUCUCUACUGCUUUCUCCCUCUUGACCAGAUUCGACUGUAUCCCAACCUGGUGACACAGGACAACCUGCUGUGGUUAUGUGAUGGUAUAGCUAUCAUUGAAUGCGGCACUAGACUAUUCAGAUUCAUAGCUAAUUUCCUGCGGACGGGAAAGAUCUUACUGCCAGAGCACUUCAGUGAUUAUGAGCUGCUGAGCAGAGAGGCAACCGUGAUUGGCAUGGCAGAGUUCGCAGAGGCACUGCAAGACCAAUGUGAGAUGAAUAGCAAUCCUGAUAUUCCUCAGAUGUCAGACGUUGAGUCUGUUGCUCAGCCUUUGUAUGUCAUGACCUUUGACCUCCUGGUGAAAUACCCUGAUUCGUCCCUGGGCCAGCUUCACAUAGACAGCAAUCUUGAGGGGAGCCGGCUCUACAUAACAGGCUCAGGAGUUGUUUUCCAACAUGUGCAGGACUGGCUGGGAACAUGCUGUCUGCCCCUGACCGAGGAGGCCUCUCAGCUGCCUGCUCUGUGUGAGUACCUGGACGCCCAAGAUGGGGCCUAUCAGGUGUUCAAGGAGGCCCUCUUCAAGUGUCUGCACAAGAGGAAAAACUCAACUUCAACAAGACCCUUUACCACAAAGCCAUGGUCUGCUUCAGUGGCGGCAUGUACGGUUUAUAAAAUAGUAAAAGUUUACGUUGGAACAUAUUGGUACGCCACUUAUUUGCAAACUUUGUUGAAGUAUCCGGAGCUGCUGUCUAACUCCAGUAAGGUCCGCUGGAUCUGUUUUGGUCACAGCCUGCAUGUGAAUGGGGACGGGCAAAUAUUCCGACAUAUAUUAAACUUCCUCAGAUCCGGUCGCUUGCUACUUCCAGCUGAUUUCAGGGAGUGGCCUUUGCUCUGCCAGGAGAUUGAGGACUUCCAGAUCCCGGCCUUGUCUGGAGCGCUGGAGGACUGCUCCGACUACAGGGCCUGGUGCAGAGGAAAGGACAGGAGGAGUGAGGGCUCUUCUUCGUCGCUGUCUUUGGCCGCCUCCCUGACUACGGAUGAUGAAGAAGACUGUUUUCUGGGGAUGUCAUCUGCUGAGGACAGCACGGACUUCGAAGUACAGGAGACACCAUUGCAAGAGAGCCCAGACAACUCCUUCCUCCUGUUGGAUGACUCCUCCAGUAGACAUUUCUGCCCUUUAGCCCAGAGUAGCUACAGCCCCUGCUUAAAGCCUACUUCGAACACCACGGUAGAGCAGCCACCAGACAGAAACAAUGUCCCAGAGCCGUCCACAGCCAGCAUCGGUCACUCAGUCGACCCCUCCAGCGUCUCCAGUGACCUGUCGGCCUCCAUCAGGAGCCUGCUGGAGAAGAUACGCUGCACCUGUCUGGAGAGCCUUCUGCAGAGGCUGAGGAACAGCAUCGCAACCAGCCAGCACACUCUGCAUGGCGGUGACGGUGGCAUUGGCAACACAGCCACCACAGCCGCGGCGUCAUCUCUGAGGCCAGAGCUGCUGUCCAUCCCCAAGGAGAGGCUGCUUCAGAUCCUGGAGGAGAGCUUCAAGAGGAAGCCCAGUCUGAACAUCACCAGGCUUCCCAGUGUCCACAGCAGCAGCUCCAGGACCAUCAUACAGAUGUCCUUGUCAUCUGGGUCAUCGCUCAUGGAGGCGCACGAUUUCUCAGGAGCAGGAGGGGAUGGAUGUAACUGGACCGGUCUGGGCCAGUCGGGCGGCCGUGUGCUCAGCAUGGGCCACCCUCCAGUGCUGGGGAGAGGGGAACCAGGUGGCUUCUUCACACACAGCAUCAUCUACACUUGCACCUACCGGCACGCUGCUUCCCAUCCACACCUGGCUGUUACGCCGAUGGAAGAUCCCAGGGAUGUGGCCUUUGCCCACUUCAAUCUAUCUUACGAGGAGAUGGUGUACGGGCGAGAGGGCCAUGCUUUUCUGACGGGUGUCAUCCUCGACUCCAAAAUGAGAGACGUGCCAAGCAGCACCAGGGACCUAGCUCAUUCGAUCUAUCUGCUGUGGACGGGUCAAACUGAAGCAGAAGAGUUUGUGAAGGACUUGCUGGCCAUCAUAGAAGUCAAGUAUGCCAAGAACCAGGAGAUGUUACAGCAGUGGUUGCACUUCACGCUGCCCAUGGCAAGACGCUACACACAGUGCAUGAUGCUGCUGGAGAAACACUGCUGCCAGACAGAGACCCUGUUCCCGUAAGACACAAGAACAAGCCUGGGCCAUUUACAGGCUGAUCAGCUUUGGGACGAGAAAACGAGCCAGCGAGCCCCUCUGCAAUCACUAGUGUCUGCAAUGGCGCUAGAUGAAGACAGGAUUUGCACCAGUGGCUAACACGGCAGCCUCUACCACAACAGUGGCAACGACAGCGCAGAGAGAGGAACUCCAUGCCACUGACCGCAGAUCAGAGUUUGCACACGAAAGAAAAGUCCCAGACACGCAAAGACCCAAACAAUGAAACCAAGUCACAUGUGUCACGCUGCUUUUUCAGAGCAUAAAAGGCAUAUUGCUUUCAUAGAAGUGUCUUAAGCGUAUGCUAAUACAACACAUACUCUUGAGCCAAACUCACUAAGAACUGCUUUUUAACUAAGGCGUGCGAUUCCUGCUUUGUCAUUUUGCAGUCUGCAGCAUAAGUGGUCAAAGAACAGAUAAAAGUGGGGGGAAAAACAAACAGAAAAACAGUUCAGAACUGUAUUGUAAACUACUACAAUAAUUAUUUACACAGUGACAGGUAUAGUACAGAACACUACUUCACCAGUACUUUUUUAAAAAGAAGAUAAAUACACAAAGAAUAUUUUUAAAUCAACUUUCUUUAGAAAAAAAAAAGAUAUAAAAGCUAUGAAAGCUCAAAAGUGGCUUGAAUAGAACAGUGCUAUAUCCCCCCCAGCUCUUUUUCAGUGAGAUGAGAUCAGAUGAGAUGUGCUGCUGGGACCUCCACAGGGAAACAAUAAAAUUCUUGCUUGACGUC